CCGACUAGAUAGCCCUGGAGGAAGAGGCGGCUGCGACAGCAGCAGCAGCAGCUCCGGCGGCGGCGGCGACACGGGAUUGCGCAGGCGUAGCAACCAAACGCUAGCCGGCGCAAGAGAUGGUGCAGUGCAGGGUUUGAUCACUGCGUUGAAGCACCUGCAAACGUCAAUUGGAAGAGGGAGAACACUUCCUGCCCUGCUUAACUUCUCUCUCUGCCUUGUCAGGAAGAAUUUAUCAACCAUCCAAUGGAAACAGCAUGCAGAAGUUGCGGUUUUGAAUACAAAGAAGUUGGCCCCCCUUUUGCUCUAGUCAAGGCUAAGGUUCCUUGGUCAGCCCGAAGAGGCAAUCUUUCGGAGAAAGAGAGAGUCCUGAAAAAAGUGAAAGGUAUAUUGAACAAACUGACGCUAGAGAAAUUUGAGCUACUCAAGGGGCAACUGCUGGAUACUCGAAUUACUACAGCUGAUAUCUUGAAGGAUGUUACGUCUCUCAUAUUUAGGAAGGCUGUUUCUGAGCCCACCUUCUGUUCCAUGUAUGCUCAACUUUGUUAUGAAGUCCAUGACUACCUCCCGUCAUUCCCUGCUGAAGAACCAGGAGGAAGAAAUAUUAUAUUCAGACGUCUGCUGUUGAACAAUUGUCAGCAAGUUUUUGAAGAUCCUGAUAGCCUAAGGGUGGAGAUUGCAAGACUGACUGGCCCUGACCAAGUGAUGGAAAGAGGGGAUCAGGACAUGAUUUUCAAACUUAUAACACUUGGAAAUAUUCGUCUAAUUGGUGAGCUAAUGAAGGCAAGGAUGGUUCCUGAGAAGAUAGUUCAUCACAUUAUCAAGGAAUUACUAGGGUCUGAUAAAAAGGCUUGCCCUGACGAGGAACACAUCGAAGCCCUCUGUCAGUUCUUCAAUACGGUUGGUAAACAUCUUGAUGAGAACCCAGGGUCUUGCCGAAUGAAUGAUACCUACUUCAUCCAGAUUAAGGAUCGAGUAGCAAACCCUGAGUUGACUCCACGCUCAAAGUUCAUGCUUCUCGAUUUGAUUGCUCUCCGUUCUAACAACUGGGCGCCUCGACGUGGGGAGGUAGGGGAUGUUCCUUGUGACAUUUGGCAUUGGCAAGAUGCAUCCACGAACUAUUUGUCAAACCUCAGCUACAUAAGAGCAGAGACGGAGAAGUUGGAGUCAGAGAUGAAGAGGAUUGCACUUGAGGGACAGCAGAAGCAAACCUGUAAGCUAAGCGAUGAAGACAUGAACGUCACAAGGAUGACUAUGUUGCUCACUGCUUUGUUACAAGAUAACAAGGAUUGCAAGAAUGAGAUACUUAAGGUGUUGAAGCUGACAGUGGCAAUUCUAUUUGCCAUUCUUUGUGUAUGUGUUGUAGGUGUGAUGAAGAAGUGAACACUGAAUCGUUUCAAAUAAUGUACUGUGCUCAUAUUAUAAACCUUGGACCGAUGAUGUUUGGAAACACGAAUUCUGUGCGAUGUGGUGAUUAUGUGUGUCCAAGCAUAUAUUUAGUCAA